UCUGCAACCGGGCCUGACACUCAUGUAGACAUGUAAUCAUCAUCCAGGUAACUAAGUAACCCAGGGUAUUUAAGAAGGUGUGACUAUAACCUGUUCUUACUUUUUCACUUGGAUGGGUACCAUACAGGCUGGUCUGUGGUAGUGCUGAGCUACUAAAGAAAGAUCUAUAGAAUUUCAGACAUGUGUUUUGGAAAGUGUGCUAGGUGCAUUGGGUACAAGUUGCUCAUUCUUGCCUUCCUCUGCAUUGUGGCUAACAUCUUGCUUUACUUUCCCAAUGGUGAAACAAGAUUCGCUUCAGAACAUCAGCUUAGCAAGUAUGUGACGUGCCUUCAUGGAAUUAUAGGAGGAGGGAUUUUGAUAUUCCUCCCAGCUGCAGUGUUCAUUGGACUAGAACACGAUAAUUGCUGUGGAUGCUGCGGGCAUGAGAACUGUGGGAAAAGCUGUGCAAUGCUGUCCUCUGUUCUGGCCGCCUUCAUCGGAAUCCUGGGGUCCGGCUACUGUUUCAUCAUUUCAGCUUUAGGUUUAUCCCAUGGCCCUUACUGCCUCUCCGCUGUAGAACAGAACUGGGUCUAUCCUUUCACUAACGCCAGUGGAGGGUAUCUGCUUGAGCGUGACAGGUGGUCUGAGUGUCGGGAGCCAAGGAAUAUCGUGGAAUGGAACUUGACCCUCUUUUCCAUUCUUCUGGUCUUUGGGGGGAUUGAAUUAAUUCUGUGUUCCAUCCAAGUAAUCAACGGUUUUCUCGGAGGAAUAUGUGGGGUUUGCUGUAAUCGGGAAGAGAAAUACGUUUGCUAGAACAUCUGCUCCUGAAAAUGGGCUAAAAUCACUGUAAUUAUAUCUUUGUGGUAUUCUGUAAAACGUAUUUGAAUGUCUUGUUUUGUAUUGCACAUACUGUAAAUUAUACAGAGAACAGUU